CGGCGGGGCGUGUGGGCGCGGGCGUUUGUCGAGGCUCGGGACCUGCAGGGCGCCCUGGGCGUGGGCGGGCCGCGGAAUGGCGGGCACUGCAGUGGCCGUGUGCGAGAUUUUGAGAUAUUUAAUAAUUCACUGGAAAUGUGAAACAGAAGGAAUAUCAAAGGGAGCAUUGCUAAAAGGACAGCUAGUGAUUUCCAUAGAAGCGUUAAACUCCAAGCACCAGGCAAAUACUCUUCAUUGUAUAACAACCAUUGCUUCUGCAGGAUGCAUUUGUGGUGGCUUGAUCCUCAAGCAGUUCCUAAAAGAAAUACAUUUUAUAUUGCCGGUGUUCUCUGCAAAGCUGACUUGGACUUCAGAGGAAGCCAGCUGCUCUGAGGAUACUUCUGGGGUAACACCCUUCCAGAUGAUUUUUGAGGUUGACGAGAAGCCUAGAAAUCUGAAGACAGAUUGUCUGGAUAUAAAGAAUUUUUUACACAAAAUCAUCAUAGUGCACCCUAAGAUCAGUUUUAAUUUCUCCGUAAAGGUGAAUGGAAUCCUGUCCAUGGAGAUCUGUGGGGUAAAGAAUGAACCCAUCUUGAACCUGCCGAAUGGAAUUCCUCUUGUCGUAAACGAUCAGCAUUAUAUGAGUACGCCAAAAUUUGGUGCAACUCAAUUACUCUGCAGCAGAAUCCACCCUGUUCUAGGACAUCCAGUAACACUUUUCAUCCCUGCUGAUGUGGCUGGCAUGGGAUUGUUGGGAGAGCUGAUGAUGACUCCAGUUGCUGCUCUGUGCCCCUGUCCCCAGGUCUCUUCCAUCCAGCAGAACAGGAUUUCUUCAGUUUCCAUAUUUCUAUAUGGACCUUCAGGUCUACCUCUGAUAUUGCCAAGACAGGAGCAGCCAGCUACUGUCUUCAAAGAUACUUCUUAUUUCAUUGACUGGAGAAAACACAACUUACAUGUGGUGCCUAAUAUGGAUCUCAAUUUGGAUAAAGAUUUGGUGCUUCCAGAUGUGAAUUAUCAGGUAGAAUACAGUGAGGAGGAUCAGUCUCAAAAAAUGGACCCUCAGGGACAAACUCUGCUGCUUUUUCUCUUUGUGGAUUUCCACAGUGGAUUUCCAGUUCAGCAAAUGGAACUCUGGGGAGUCCACACUCUGCUGACAACUCAUCUCAAUACCAUUCUAAUGGAGAGCCACAGGGUGGUACAAGAUUCUGUCCAGAUCGUCGUGGACCAGGCUUUGGAACAGCAUCACCAGGCUACCAAGGCUCAUCAGAAACUGCAGGACUCACUCGCAGUGGCUGUGAAUUCCAUCAUGAGUAUUGUGACUGGAAGCACCAGCAGCAGCUUCCGAAAAAUGUGUCUUCAGGCCCUUCAAGCAUCUGACACACAAGAGUUUGGGAUUAAACUGCAUAGAGUAUUUCACGAGAUCAUCCAGCACCGAUUUCUUCACCACUGUUCAUGUAAAGUAAAGCAGCUGCCCCCAGAGAAAAAUGAUGAUGCCCAGAGCACUGAAGAUACAAAUGAGAACUGCAGCUCGGAGCUCCUUCCAGAGACCAGCGGGCAAGCAGAAAGCAAGAGGCUCAAGAGGGGCAGCCACCGGCAGGACGUGGAGGAGAUGCGGGCCUUCCCUUCUGCCAGGGCCACGAGCCAGUCAGAGGCCGCCCCGCGCGGCCCGGAGCCCAGCGCGGCCUCCCUGGCCCCUAGCGAAGAGCCCCGCGCAGAGCACGGGAGGGCCCCGGCGCCGAGCAGGGAGAGCCCGGGACGCGGCCUGGAGGACGCGCUGUGGCUGCAGGAGGUCUCCAAUCUGGCCGAGUGGCUGAGCCCCAGCCCCGGGUCCUGAGCCCUGAGCCGGGCCCUCUCCCCGCGAGUCCGCGGCCAGCCCGGGGCUGCGAGCGACCGCAUGUUGUCUGUUGUUCAAUAAACCUGCUC